AUGCCUGGCCUUAUGGGAAACAGCAAAUGGGGCCCUGGUGGCGAGCAUGACAACGACGAUGACAACGACUUUAACCGCGACAACCGCAGGAACAACCGCAGGAACAACCGCAGGAAUAACUACAGGGCUCCGCCAGGGCCCAAGGCCACGGGCAACAGGAAGAACAACGCACCUCCGAAUCAUGACAUGAAUAUAACUACUCUCAAGCUGAGCAGGAUUUGA